AUGGCAUGCACCAAAGACACCGUCAAGGAUGUUGGGCUAAACAUCUGGUCUAGCCAAACUGGUGACAGCCCAGCACAAACUGGUUACAGCCCAGCACCGACUGUGGAUAUAAUUGCAGUACAAGGCCUCGGGUCUCAUCCGUAUUAUACCUGGGAAGCAAAGAGCCCGAGAAUUAUGCAAGUUGAUGGGAAGAGCUCCCAAUCGAAAGAAGUGCCAUCAGAACGCAAAUCUAGGUCUACAAAGUUCAAGACUUACUUCAAGAUCCCAACUUGUUCACGGAGACCUACAGUCACGCCCGAGCAUGUCCUGACAGAUGCAAAUGAAGGCGGACAUUCUAGAAAGUGUAUGUGGAUCCGGGAUUUGCUUGUUCCUUUGUUUCCAGAAGCUCGAAUUGCGACAUACAGUUACAAAUCAGAUUGGCGGGAUCGUAAUAUUAAAACAACCCUGCGUGAGUGUGCGCUCUUGUUUCUGAAUGUGUUAAAGCAAAACAGAGGAGGAGAAGAAGAGCGUCAAAGACCCAUUAUACUUAUCGGACAUAGUCUUGGAUGCCUCGUCAUUCAGCAGGCACUUGUGAUUGCUGCUUCCAAUAGGAACUUCUCCGAACUACGCCAGGCUUGUGCAGGUUUAAUGUUUCUCGGGGGUCCUUUCCAAGGAAGCGACCUAGCAAUCUACGGACAAUGGCUGGCUGGUAUCCCUGGCCUGGAUGCUAACCUGCUAUCUUUGUUGAAGAAACACAAUGAUGCUCUGUACCAUUUACAGACAGAUUUCUGUGGCGCCGAAGAGGAUUGGGACCCAAUCUGUUACUACGAAAAGCAAGGGAACGUGGUGACCAUGCAAUCUUCUAGUCUUCAAGGGAGAAGGAUGAUUCCCCUCAAUACCGAUCACUCUGGACUAAACAAGUUCAAUGGAGAAAACGACGAGAACUUCCUUUUGGUUUUACCUGAGAUUCGGAGGAUGGUUAGAGAUGGAUCUGGGAUUGUAAAGAAACGCUCCAAAUUUCAAGAACCUGCUCCCCUCAAACAACGAAACAUUCACUGGAUAGUACCUCGAAUCGUCAAUAAGUUGUUCACCGGGCGUGAUGAUUUGAUCCUACGAAUACAGGAGGCUUUAGACCCCCACACGACCAUGCCCACCCAACAAAAAAGAUUUGUUAUCACAGGUAUGGGUGGACAAGGGAAAAGCGAAAUAUGUUUGAAAGUUGCCAAUCUAAUGCAAGAAAAAUUUUGGGGUGUAUUUUGGGUCAAUGUCGACACACCUUCAACUGCCAAAAGCGACUUCAUUGCGAUUGCAAAAAGACUUGGGCAUGAAGUUGGUGAGAUCCGUGAAGCUUCUCAGAUUCUCGCCAAUACCAAAGAAAACUGGCUCCUGAUCCUCGAUAACGCCGACGACACAGACUUUGACUAUCAGGUCUACAUUCCAACAGGAUUCCAUGGCGCUAUUCUUAUUACCUCCAGAAAUGCGGAAUCGAAACGAUAUAGUAACCUUAAUGCAUACGAAGACCUCGAGGGUCUUGAGAGCACUGACGCGAAAGCGCUUUUGCUUCAGGCUUCUGAUAUAUCUCAAAAAUUGUUGGCGACCAACGAUGAGGCAGCUCAAGAAAUUCUUGAUCUUCUGGGAUCCCAUACGCUGGCAUUGAUCCAAGCGGGCGCGUAUAUUUCAAAAAAGCACUGUUCGCUGAGCGAAUACCCCGCUGUGUAUAAAAGACUGCGAAAACGACUUUCAGAAUACCGGUUAAAGCCAGGAUUGUCGAGAUAUCAAAGCGUAUAUGCAACAUUUGAGGCAUCUGCAGAAAUGCUAGAGCAUUCUACUGGCGAUGCUGGAAACGACGCUUUGGCAUUGCUCGCCAUUUUAUCGAUGUUCAACUCCACUGGACUCCCUUUGUACCUGUUUGAAGGUGCGUGGCGAGGUGCUGCAUUGGUUUUCGAUCCUUCAAAAGAUGGCAUGCCUAUGAUUCACUAUAAGCUGCAAGACCAUCUUACCUUUCUACCCGAUCUCCUCUCACUUGAUUCGGAAGAAUGGGACGGUUUUCGUUUGAAUGAAGCAAUCUCUACAUUGGUUUCACUCUAUUUGGUUACAUGGCAGAAUGCAAAUGGAGAAAGGCGUUUAUCAAUGCACCCGGUAGCUCAUGCAUGGGCCAAAGAUAGACAGAGUACAACUCAACAACGCAAUUCCUGGCUCACAGCAGGGUGCGUAGUCGCAUUUUCUUAUCAAGACGAUUUCGAUUUCUGGAGAUUAAAUGCAAGAUACUUGCGUCCACAUAUAAACUCUUUUCUAGACAUGAAUGCGGUGCACACUUUGUCGUUUGAAGAGAAAAAGGUUGUUAUUCCCAUUUUGAUGCACUGCGGGUUCAUCCUCUCUCUCAUCGGCGACUGGGGAAGACUAGGCGAUCUUGUUGACAACAUCUUCUGUGAACUCAAAUUAGAUUCCGAACGGCCAACUGAAGAAGCUUUGGAGCUGUAUAUGAUUCAUGGUGACCGCUUGAGUAAACUUGGGGACUGUGAGAAGGCUAUUCAGCUCUUCGAAAACAUACUGAAGUCGAGAGAGACAUUGCUGACAACCGAGCGUCGGCUGGUGGUACAGUAUCGACUCGCAACUGCGUGUCUCGAAAAUAACCAAGCGAAGGAGGCUAUAGUGCUCCUCGAAGAUAUCGUUGUAUCCCAAAAUUCUACGCUAAGCGAGAUUGACGCUGACAGUCUUACAUCACGGCACGAACUAGCGCAUGCAUAUUUUAUGGAUAACCAGGUACCUCGGGCUAUUUCGAUACUCGAGGAGAUUGUUUGGAUUAGCGCGGACAUGCUACCAGAGACUCAUCCGCAUUUACUUUCGUCGUGUCAGCUACUCGGAAUGGCAUAUCAUGCUGACGGGCAAAUAAAUGAAUCUAUAUCGACUCUCGAGCAUGUUGUUAAAGUAGAAGCUACUAUACUACUAGAAACAGAUAUAACCCGGCUAUUAUCACAAUAUGAACUUGCUCGUGUAUACCACACAGCAGGGCAGACGGAAAGAGCUUUAGAGCUACUUGAGUAUGUUGUUAAGAUGCAAGCUACAACAUUAGCAGAAACAGAUAAAUCUCGGCUGGAAUCACAGUAUGAACUUGCUCGUGUAUACCACACAGCAGGGCAGACGGAAAGAGCUUUAGAGCUACUUGAGUAUGUUGUUAAGGUGAAAGCCUCUAUACUACCAGAAACAGAUAAGAGUCGGCUGUCAUUCCAGUACGAACUUGCUUAUGUAUAUCACAUAUCAGGGCAGACGGAAAGAGCUUUAGAGCUACUCGAGCAUGUUGUUACUAUUGAAGCCACUAUACUACUAGAAACAGAUAAAAGUCGGCUAAAAUCACAGUAUGAACUUGCUCGUGUAUACCACACAGCAGGGCAAAUGGAAAGAGCUUUGGAACUACUUAAAUACGUCAUCCAAAUCGAACGGACUAUAUACGAAAGCGAUGAUCGAAAUUUGAUACUUUUGGAGGAUCUACUAGCUGAGUGGUUGGAGGAAAAGGGAGCUGAGUCCCAGGGUGAAGAAGAAUGA